UAAGAACGAUGUCUUGUUGUGUUUAGCCAGUUCGGGUAGUUGCAGCCGUUUGACUUCUUUACUGUCGUUUACAGUAUUGUGGUAAAACGCUCGUUUUUUCCACAGGACAAGACACAAGAAAGUUGUAUCCAACAAUGUCAAGUUGCUCAACUAUCUACUUAACCUUACCGCAGUGUGACAGCGGCUCGCGGAAAAUUCGCUUCCUGUACUUGAUGAAUCUGACAUCGUUCAGCUUGACGGAGUGUCCCAACAAGAGUCCAGUGGUUCCUCUCUAUUUAGGAGCUGAUGUCUUCUCCAAUACGGACAUCCGUACAGAGAACCAUCCCAGACACCAUGCAAAGUUUGCAAAGAAAGGAUUGGCAACAAAAAUACAUUUUUCCUCAGCAUUCAGGUUCCAUGGGUUGAAGGUGCCUACUGUUAAUAACAGCCUCUGGUUCUACAGUGUUCAAGGACUUUUUCGAGUAGCAUUUGAAAUGUAUAGUAAGGAAGAUCAGCUUGCUGUGCUGGAGAACUUCCAGGAUGUUUGGAAAUCGCAGAUAAAUGACAGCCCUCUGAAAAUGAGUUACAGCCUCAGUGUACAGCUCGACUUUGCACUAUCCAGCAGCCUGCAUGAGACAGAAUCAAGCAAUGAGAUGUCACCUCAGCAUUGCCAGGUUGGCAGGGAAUCGGUGGAUGUAUAUGGCAGUGACACAGGUGAUACAUCAGCAGAUCACGAUUAUUGUUCUUUUCCUAAGCAGAGUUUGCAAACUGAGCAAAGCCAACUAGCUUUAUCCACAGUGAGACAAAAAUUGCACACCUUGGAUGACAAACUCUCCUCUGAGACUCAGAGCUGCACAGAACAGCUUGAGACUAUCUUUCUGCUUUUGGAGAACAUUGAUCGAUACAUGAAUGGGAGUCUAGAAGAAAAGGAUGUGACAGAAAGCGUGUUAGCCCUGCUGAAGGCCAAAGACUGGGGCUGUGUGUAUUCAAGUUCCCUGCUUAGUUGUAUAGGACGUUGGCUUGGCCAGCAGUUUCAUGCAGCCAACAUAAGCAUCAGCCAGAAAGUGGAGGGCUUUAAAGUUAAUCAUAUUGAGCAAAUUAGUGAAUUGCCACCUGCUGAGGAACUAGCCACAGAGCUAUUCCCAGAAGCCAUGCAAACACUGCUGCUUCAUUGGAUGGGUUUAAGUGAAGAGUCCACCUUGGAGAAGAGACACAGCGAGUACCCAAUCCUGCUCCUUAUCCUCGAGUUUGCCAACCACAACCUCAUCACUGGUGUGGCGCAUGUGCUGUACUCCAGUCUUAUAUGUAAAUAAGAGUCGAUCUCUGUGUAGGCGUCAACAGAAAGAGCUGCAAUUUAACUGAAAGACUUCCAGUAUUCUAAUAAAUGUAUAUUUUUGUA